AUGUCCUAUUACGACAUUGAUGCCAUCUUGACGGACGCUCAAAAGCUACCAUGCAAAUUUGAACUGGAAGUGCCGGGUCUCGGGUUCCUUGAGGGGAACCCAGGUGAAAAUAUCAAGACAGGAACACAGGUAGACUUGCCGUUAUGGCUCGGCGAGAUGCUUUCCAUCGGUGCUCGUCUCGGUACAUCGCGUCUAGUGACUCUAGAUCUACCAUCGGCACUCUCCGAACGCGUCCUGAAUGCCCUCAAAGCAGACCCUCGUACUGUUGACCUUCGAUCGCUGGCACCGCAUUUUUAUAGUCUUGGAAUCAGAGUGUUGGAACUGUUCGAGGAAGAUAAUAUGGCGGAUAUAUUGAGUGAUACAUUCCGGAGAAGAGCAUCGGAAAUCGCAGACCAUGCCCACAAUUCGCGUGGUGCUCUGGGUGAGGGUGUCGAGUUCCUCAGAGGGUUGGAUGAGACCGAAAGACAAUUGUUCCGUAUAGCUCACGACAGCGCCAAGGAGAUUCGGAUCUGGGCAGGCGAAGCUAAAAAGUCGAAAUAA